AUGGCAACAGACGGCAUGGAUGUAGAUCCUGGAAGUCUCCGGCCGAGCCCUCUCGCCAUCUCAACAACCCGGACUCAUGACAAUGUGGCUUCUGCUUCAGCCGCUCAUCUGUCACCGUUGCCUUACGCCAUGCAUAUCAGCGUAGCAGGAACAACAAGAACAUUAAUUCUAAAAAUGGAUGACUCCUUUAUGACUGACUUUUCGAAUGGUCUGUCUGAUCACCACUUCACAGUUUGGAUUGUCGAGGAUGGGCGAUCCAUUCGCCCGGAGAACUGCUACUCGCACUACCUGAACAAUGCCUUAUCGGUUCUUCGUGCCGAAUUUAGGGAUGAUGUGCAAACUAGCUACGAUAGUACACCCUCGCAAAUGGGCGCUGGGAGCAAGAGAAGGAGGGUUGAUACGGCUACAGCAGCUAGUGCAGACCAAUGGGUGCAGGAGCAAAUUGUCAGGCUGUCUGAUCUGCAUAACAGUGACGAAGGCGAGCUUUGA